AUGAGUCCUCUCACUAACACUCAGGAAGCCCCCAGCGCACCAAAGUUACCUACACUCCCUAACGAGAUUAUCAUGAAAAUCCUCACCGAGACCAUCCAAAAGAAUCUCGGAGCGUUUCGCCGUGAGGCCGGGGGCCUCCUUGUCCUCACCGGUAAUAUCAUGGAUGAUAUUCCCUUCGCUAUCGAUACCUAUGGUGGAGUUGACGGCCCUAACCGUAAUGCCUACGUUAAGAAGCUGCAUGCAAACGACGAUCGUCUCGCGUGCCAACGACGAGGUCACGUCAUGAUUCUAACUUCUCCAUGGGUAUUAGAGGAUGAAGAACUCGAAGACAUGAAAGUACAUGAGUAUCUUAUCUCUCAAGUCCCCCAUAAUAUGGAUGCUGACAUACACAUUGCAUUCCAUCACGUCUUGUUUAGCAAACGGGAAGCGGAUCGUCUAGCUCUUCUUAAGCUGGACUGGUCUUUGAUGACUGGCCUCGAGAGCCUUUGUCUUGAUCUUUCAGGACCCUGGAACGAUGGUCCAAACGUGGCACUCAAGACCUUUUGUGUUCAGAUGGGAAUGCAUUUGAAACUCAAGACACUCGUUGUUCUUGGCCUUCCGGUACGACAGCAAUACUGUAAGUUGGGCAAGGACUUUUGGGUUAAAACCCUCGAGAGCCAGGAGUAUGUCCCAAGUACUGUCGUCAAAAGUCACUCAGAAGACAGCGACGAAAGCGAUGAUGAUCCUGACGAAGAACUCGUGGGAUUCCCAACAUAUAUCUAUUGGUUGAAGAAGUGUCUGCAGCCCGGCGGCCAGAUCCAUUUUGCCGUGCAGUAUGACUCAGAGACGGAGCCGUAA